CUUUACUCUUAUCUGAAAAAAACUGUAGAGAGGAAACCAACGCUCCGAUUUUUUUUUUUUCUCUCUAACUUUUCAAUACUCAAUGGCCUCUUCGUCUUCAAUGCAAAUGGUUCACGCUUCCUGCUUCAUUCCCCGGGCUGUUUCUGGGGUGGGUAGGCCGCAGUUGAUUCCCAGCCCUCGAGCUUCUCACUCCGGUGGCUUAGGUUUCUCAGGAGCAGCAUUGUUUUCAAGACUGCACCGUUCAUCGAGUCUUACCCUUAAGCAUGUUUCAGGAGCUUCUGCUUCCAGGUCUCGGAGAAUGGCUUGUGUCAAAGCCAUGGCGACUGAGGAAGCACUUCAAGCUAAAGUGACAAAGAAGGUUUUCUUUGAUGUUGAAAUUGGUGGUGAACCUUCCGGAAGAAUCGUGAUAGGUCUCUUUGGAGAUGUCGUGCCUAAAACGGUCGAAAACUUCCGUGUCUUGUGUACUGGUGAGAAAGGAUAUGGGUACAAGGGUUGUUCAUUUCAUCGCAUUAUAAAGGAUUUCAUGAUCCAGGGAGGAGACUUCACCGAGGGAAAUGGUACUGGAGGAGUAAGCAUUUACGGCUCUAGUUUUGAAGAUGAAAACUUCACAUUGAAGCAUGUAGGGCCAGGAGUACUGAGUAUGGCCAAUGCUGGUCCUAACACCAACGGAAGCCAGUUCUUCAUUUGCACAGUCAAGACACCAUGGUUGGACAAUCGCCAUGUCGUGUUCGGACAUGUUGUUGAUGGAAUGGAUAUUGUGAAGAAUCUCGAGGCACAAGAGACCGGCCGGAUGGAUGCUCCCAAGAAAACAUGCAGAAUCUAUAGCUGCGGAGAGCUGCCAGUGGAAGCUUGAGUGAGCCACUGGCCCUCAAGGGACUUGGUGUAAAAUCCAUGGUUCCUCAUCAUGUCCUGUCUUUCGAAACGAGUAUGAACUCCGAGUAACAAGCUGAGUAAUAAUGAUAAUGAUGAUGUUCAGGUUUCAACUCCUUGUCUUUGGAUAUACACAUAGAGCAAUUGCCAUAUAUGUCUUUGA